AGACGCUGUUGCCUGGGACGGCGUGGCAAGUUCUUGCCUGGAGGCGAGGAGGGACGCUUUUACCUGGAGCGGGUAGGAAGCCCAAGACCAGCGGAGCCUACGGAGUCCAGACAACAGGCCCUGACCUAGCAGGGCCAAGGGAUGGCGGGACGCCAGAAGGAGAAGGUGACCCCAGAUGAGGUUCAUCAGAACGAGAUAUUGCGGGAACUGUACCUGAAGGAGCUACGGACCCAGAAACUCUACACUCAGUAUCACGUGAAUCCUCUUCGCAAGGUCCACACAAUCACCAGAAAGCCCAUGUCUUGGCAUGAUAACCUGGAGGAACCUGCAGAUGCCAGGUUUCUGCAUCUCAUUCACCAUGCUGCCCUGGAGCCCCAGAAGAAAUACACAGAAACGCAGACCGAGAACCAGGAAAUUGGAUGGCACUCAGAGCCCUUGGUCGACCCAGAACGCCAGGACCACAGGCUGAAUCACUUCAAGGUCUACAAUGACAUCACUCUGUACAAGGCUAAAUUGUGGAGCUUGGGAGAAGAUGACCAUCGCAAGUAGCAUUCCAACAGUGGAGUCGGUCUCUGUAUUUAACGCCCAAGUGAGCACUGCC